GCCGUGGGUUCUAGCUGCUUUCUGUGCGAUACAGUCCUCGCAUUCACUCCAGGCCAAUUUGCAUCAGCUAUCUAGUGUGACUCAGCGAUCCACUGCAUAACCCGCUCCUCAACGGACAACUUACUCAAAGUCAAUCCCGGACCCGAGAUUACUAUUAGCUCUACAGCCCUACAGCUCCUCAUCCCGUGCGGCCAUGUCUGUUUCAACAAUGGACGUCGCUGUACUAGUUACUGGCGAAUUCAAUGAGACCUCGUUGCUCUUUCUGGAUACCCUCAAUGUCCGCGAGACUGCUAAGUAUCUGAUCCUUGAUGGGUCGCAAGCAGAAUAUGUACGUCGGUAUGUGCAACGAGCAGACAUCCUCGAUGCCCAAACAUACGUCGAGCAAGACGGCAAACGGGACCAGUCAGUAUUCCGAGCUUCAAGGCUUGACACAUCUACACUGAACGGCAUGGAUUACAGGCAAAGCGGUGGGCUUAUCUUGAUACCGGGGCAUAAGGGUAUCAUAUUGAAGGACGAUCCCGUGCGGAAUAGGGUUGUUCGAUCAUUGUACCGCGAGCCUGAGUCAGCCUGGUUCAACAUGAUUGCAACAGGUACCGGUAGACUGGUCAUUGCUGCCUCUGGGCUCCUGCAGAACAGGAUUGCCUCAUCCGCUUCCCUCAACCUGGAUGAGAACUACAUAGGCCUGGCAGCGGGAUGGCGAAGCGAAGAGAUCAUCCGUGACAUAUCCAUUUGGACGGCGAAAGACUCUACAACCACACUCAGAUCACUAGCAUUUUCAUACAAAGCCGUCUUCAGGAUGCCCGACCAGUUCCCGCCACACGCCUUCGACCACUAUCGUUCCCCCUCAAUACCGACAAUCUCUAUUGGCACCCCCGGCGAAAAUGUCGCCCGUAUAAUCGCUGAGCAAUCGUCUUCGGAAGCGAAGAGCUUCAUCAGCAGCGUGGCUCUCUUCGCUGUCCGCCUGGGCUUAGAGGGGCAUGUAUCGGCCUGCAGCACCGUCAUACUCUCACUGCUGGCCCUGUUCCCUAACGCUCGCGAGCACUGGGGCCCGAGAAUCGCCAUGUCUCUUGAAGCAAUUUGGCGGAAAAUGGGCGAGAGACCGUCUGUACCGUGGGAGAUCACCCCCGAGGAGCUGGGGAUCUGGGACGAGGAUGCACGCGAAGGGUACCACAUCCCACCUGAGGAAGAAGAUCGAUUGGAAGCUCUCGAGGAGCUCAAGGUCCGCGUGUCCCUCGGACAGGAAAAAUGGCUUUACCCGUAUACAACUGAAGGUGCAAUCGUGAUGGCGUUGCAGGCGGGUUGGAUUGACGAAGCUCGUGAGUGGAUGACUAUGUUUGUGAAAACCGCUCUGAUCCAGGACAACGGAUGGUAUUACGGCGUUGGAGGGUGCCAAACACUUGUCGACUUCGCCCUCACUGGCAUCGUCGUCGAGAUCACCGGGCACACCGCGUCGCAAGCGGAGCAGGAUGCAGCUACCAUCAGGCAAGCUCUCCUGAACUUCCCGAAGUCAUCAGCCAUAGUCGACGAACAGAAGCGUUUAACCGCAGAGAGGUUCGCGAAGGCCUCGUGGCCGGUCCUUGUGCGUAUACUGGACAUAUGCAAGCUCGACAUCGACGAGACGGCUCUACGCCCGCCUGCAUCUCCAUCAGCCAUACUUGAGGCUGAGGAGCGCCUAGGGGUUGAGCUUCCAUCGGAUUACAAGGAGUUCUUGCUUAUCUCUAAUGGCAUGGAGGACCUAUCGGUAGAGUCUGCACCCAGGUUCCAACGCGUGGAAGAACUGUGCUGGCAGAGUCCCGAGAAGCUCGGCCUGGACUGGGUCCGCGUAACCCUUGGAUGUGAGGUGGACCUCGCAGAAGAAGAGCAGCUGCCGAGCAUGAAACGCGUCCUGGACCUCACAGGCGGUGGCGAGGCAGCUAUGUGGUACGUCGAACCUGACACAGUCGAGGAGGCAAUCGAAGCACUCAAGCGUUUGGGCCGGUCGGACGAGGCAGUUGGUAGACGCGACUGGCGACCAGUUCACUUCCUUCACUGGGCUCCGGAAACAAAGUACUACAGAAGGUUCAGGGAUUAUAUCGAGGAGGUAGCGCAGGAAGCUGAGAAGGCUGGCGCAAAGCUAGUUGCUUGACCUCUACGGUAUUAACCUCUAGCAUAUGGUCGACCAUUCUGUGCUAGUCAGCAAUCGGACGAGCAAGCGAGUUUACC